CCUCAUCACAUGACAGUCAUCCAAACAAAAUGGUAGACGUGAAAAGUUAAAAAUCUGCUUUGUUUAUCUCAAUUAUCUCUUGAAUGUGACACUUCAUGUAUCUAUAAGUGUAAUGAACAAUCUCUUCAAAUUCAGCACUCCUUGAAAGUUGUCAAAAUGAAAAUAGUUGUCGUGAAGUCGCUGGUGCUUGGGGGGCUGUUUUGCAUGACAUUCCUAUCUAGCAUGCUCCCAGUUAAGCUCCUGGCUGCCGUAAAUGAUAGUUCCCACAGAGAACGAAGGCGCAAAUAUCAGCGUGUGAUUAGUUUCUUGAGCUGCUUUGCUGCUGGCGUCUUUCUUGCCACUUGUUUAUUAGACCUCUUUCCUGAUGUUCAGGACAAACUAUAUACAACACUAGACAAAAUGGGAAUAAUAACAGGCUACCCUGUGGCAGAGUUCAUCACUGUGCUAGGAAUAUUUAUAAUACUAAUUAUUGAACAAAUAGUAUUGACUGUUAAGGAGAAUCAUGCCCAUAACCAAAUGAUUGAAAGAGGUGAAGAUGAGGAAAGACGUGGCCUGCUGGCCAAGCCACCAACUAGCCCUUGUCAGAGACCUUACCGCUCAAUCAGUGAUAUAAGCGGUGAAUAUAGAGUUGUCAACACAGAUAAUAGUGUGGAAUCUAUUGGGUAUAAUAAUGAGUCAGAGAUUGAGGAAUCGCAUGAACAUGAGCAUCAUGACCCAAGUUCCCAUUCUUUCAUUCGUUCAGUGAUGCUGAUAAUGGCUCUUUCCAUACAUUCAAUAUUUGAGGGACUUGCCGUCGGACUUCAACCAACAGCUCAAGCUACCUUGCAAAUAUUCAUAGCAUUAAUCCUACACAAAUGUGUCUUAGCAUUUAGUCUCGGUAUGAAUUUAAUGCAAAGUAAGCUUACAACAUGGGGCGUAAUCCGCUCAAAUCUAGCAUUCUCCCUUGCAUCGCCAACUGGAAUUGCAAUCGGAAUGCUCAUAAUAGAUGUCUCUGAUAGUUUAGCAGCAUCACUAGUGAAUGGAAUACUUCAAGGUAUUGCAUGUGGGACAUUUCUCUAUGUGACAUUUUUUGAGGUUUUACCACACGAGUUUAACUCACAACAAGAUAGACUGUUAAAACUGCUAUUUUUGUUGAUAGGCUACAGCUCUGUGGCUGGAAUCCUCUUUCUGGACCCUGAUGUAAUCAGACAGAAAAAAAUACAUGGAGGGCCUUAACAUCUAUUUUUUGCAGAUCUGGGGUGUUUUUGGGCACCAGAAAAUUGUUGCUCCCUCGCCUUGCCAGUUUCCAGAUCUGCGCCUAUAAUGUUUGCGGUAUCUGUAAUGUUUUACUUAUAUUUUAAUAUACCCUUUGUCAACAAAAGACAAAAAAAUCAUAGCAAUGCAUUUAACGGUAAAUCUAUAAGUUUUUCAACAAAUAACCUUGAAAAUAAGUGCCUAUACAGUAAGAAUUUUAGUAUUCACAUGAAUAUUUUAACCUUUCACCUCACUUAAGUGAACGUCCUAGUAGAUGCACUUCCGAGC